AUGCCGCGCGCCUCGUCCCCGUGGAGGACGUGCGUUCAGAGGAGAGGAGAGGAGAGGAGGGCGGGGUUGUCGGGGUGGUUUGGACAGGGCUGGUCCAGCCUCAGGCCGGGGUCACGCUAGACGCCCUCGGGGGUCCUUCCCGCCUGGGUCAUCGGGGGCCCGCAGCUGCGGCACUGCAGGCGGCGUCAGGGUGGACGUGUGCGUUGUGUCCUCAGGGGACGGGACGGGACGGGAGGGUUGUCUGCUGCCAGGAGGACCAACCGGCAAGACCCUGUGCCGCCCGUCGGAGAUUUAAUCCCUGGAGCGAUUGCGGAGGUGACGUUGUGGGAUCUCCACUGCAGAGCUGGAUGCACGCCGGUCUGGGACGGUUCGGACGGGCUGGCCCUUCCUUGAGCUGGGGCUGGGCUAGCUGGGACCUUCUCGCGUCCCUGCCAGCCCCGCGGCUCUGCAACUCCACUCUCUCCUUUGCAGCACCCAUCUGAUCUACUUGGACCUGCUCUAAACAGAACAAGGCAACCACAGCGUGAUAAAAAUCUGCGGAUGGCAUCGUGUGAGCUCCAGACAGAUCUGCUGCACUGUAACAUCCUGUUGUCCGGACGCUCCUGCCAGCCCCAGGGUCGGGUGCUGGCUGGUGAGGGGAAGCACCCACCAGUGAGGUGUGAAGAGAGCCCAGCCCUGCAUCAGGGGUCUGUCCAUCCCGUGCCUCGAUGGCUGGCAAGCCCAGCGAGUGGAGCUCCGUUCUUUCCAACGCCGUCCUGUGUGUGGUCUCUCUGAGCUCGGCUGUACGGACUAGUGAGGUGAACCGUGGAGCUGCGGCUGGGUUUCUCCUCCAGGCGCUGGCAGCGCUGCUGGGAGCAGCUGGUGCCCUCUGGCCGUCCCUGGGGCUUAGCUUGGAGGCGGACUCCCCACCCAACUCCUGGGUCUCCACGGUGGUUGGCCUCCCUCUCGUGGCCUUCGGCUUCCACUGGCUGAACGGCGACCACUCCACGGCCAACCUGCUCUUGGGCGGGGCACUGCUGCUGGCCGCCGGCUCUGGCUACCUCACCGAGGAGGGCAGGACCGUGGUGGCCCGGUCCGUUGCCUUGGUGACUGCCAUCACCAUCCUCAUCCUCUCCGUGUUCACCACCAAUGCUUGCGGGAUGCUGGGCAGCCUGGCGCUGGGCGCUGCUGGCCUGCUGUCUGGGGCAGGGCUGGACGGGCUGCCCCUGCUUGCGGAGGAAGAUGCUGUCUGCUACCUCUUGGCGGCAGGCAGCCUGGCCCUGCAGCAGGCUCUCCGCACCCAGCACCGGGAGCUGGAGCAGGAGGCUCAGAGGCUGCUCUCUGCCUGGUAGUCGCAGCUGUCAUCCUGCGACAUGACCAAGCCCUGCUCCGCUCAGUGGAAGGCUGCGUCCUGGGUGGCAGACAGUGGCGUUACAACAUGCGCAUCCCCCCAGCUUGCGAGAUUUGGGACCAGUGUGUGAUGGGUUGAAGCUCAGGGAGCCCUGCUUCGUGCUGGGGGGAGGAUGCCUGAGACCAGGUCUUGGUGAUUGCCCGCAGCUGCCCCUGGCGGGGCAGGAGAUUGUUGUACUGCUCCUGUGAAAGGUGCUGACUGUCGCUCUGGGCUCAGCGCAGGGGCUGUGGAGCCAACUCCAGGAGCUCUCAUGCAGACCCAGCCUUCCAGGGAGAACCUGGCAUUGGGCCUGCUGGUUGUUGCCUGCUGCCAUUGGCCAGCGCCAGACUCGGGGGAACCGGAGGAGCCUGCAGCCCUUAGCCAGGGCCACCACAGAGACGGGACUGCUCCAGUCCAUCCACACGCCCCAGUGCUGGGGGGCCUGGUGCCUGCUGGGGCGGAGCAGCCAAGCCAAGCAGUUCUGGGCAGCAGGUCUCCCCCAGAUGUAAAGCACCCUUGGAGCGGGGGGGGGACAGUCCCUGGAGAGUUUGCAGGCAUUAAACUUAGGAUUCCCAUGAUUUUUUUUCCAGCUGCCUCCAACUCAGCUGGUCUGAAAACACCUUCGUACCUGGCACGCAGCAGCUUUGCCCUCCCCAGCACUUCAGGCCCUGGGACUCUGCCCUAUGUGGCCUCUCCCGCUGGGGCACAGCCUUGCGUUAGCCCUCGUGGUAAUGCCCCUACUGCCCAUUGAUGCUGGUGCAGAAAUAUUGGUUUCUAGUUAAUGCCUUCACCUGGACAUGGGGAACAAGCCACAGGGGACUCUGACCCUCGUGGGGGGACCUGGAGGGCAUGUCCAUGCCUGGGUUGCUGCACUGUGGUGAUGCCCCCUGGGAGGCAGCUGCCAGGGUAUCCAACCUUUCUCCAGUGUCUCUGUUGGGGCUUGGCAAGCUGGGUCUGCUCUGAAAAACCCAUAGUGGCCAGAGCUGUGAGGCCAAGGGGCCCGGAGCAAUAUGAGCGCAGAAAUCUGCUCCCAGGUGCCCCCAGCACCUGGGGGAUGUGUCUCCUCUCCAGUUGCAGGGGAGGAUUGCAGGCAGCGCGGGGGUUUGGCAUGGCAGUGCCCUGCAGCCAUCGGCUGCCCCAGGGGUGGGUUUGGCCCCCAGGGUCGUCCUCUGCCCUAGCCUGCCAGGCAGCUUGGGACUGGUGUAAUGUCCUGCAGGAUCAGGCUGUUGCUCCUGCCCCGUAGUGGAGGAGCUGGAGCAGCAUCUGGCAGGGAGCAGCAUCAGGCCUUGCAGCUGCAAGAUUCCUCUCUCCCUGGGCACCGUCGGGGCCCAGCCCUGCUCCCGCCCCAACACCUCGUCCUCAUCGCGGAUGGCACCAGCCCCGUGCUCAGCUGGUUCCUUCCUGGCAUGUCGCCUCCAGUGCUAGCCUCAUCCUGCAGCUUCAUCAGGCCAGGAGUGCCUGCCUGCAGGCAGGGCCUGUCCCUCUCCUUUUGUGGGAUAACCUGCCUGUUCCCCAACAGUCCCCAUAGCCCUUCUGCUCUGGUUGGCGUCCCUGCUAGGUUCCCACAGGCUUCCCCGGGCAUUAGGCAGGAUUGCUUCCUUCCCCUGGGGCUGAGGCCUUUCCGGCUGCUGGGUGCUGAGCUGAGCCAGUCCCCAUCCAGGCUUUCCCAGGUCGUGCAGCUCCCAGACCAGUUUGGCUCUGGACAGAACCCGCUCGGCUGCGGGCGAGGGAGGUGCUGGGGUAUAGGGUGGUGUGACGGGCCUGUGCUCUUUCAGGGGGCUGUCGGGAUAGUUCACCCGUGGAAGAGCUCCCGCAUUUCCCCCACCUCAU